AGAAAAAUGAAGGACCUUUCUAAUCAAGUUCAAUUGAGGAGAUUCAAAAAUCUCUCCAGACAAUGCUCAGCUAACUUGGGAGUCAAGAAGAGAGAAUCAACGAUGUCUUUAAAGUCUUGUCACUCUGUUCAAGGUUAUAAGGUGGAUAAGACGAUGAUAAAAUAAUACUUUAAGCAGGAACCUCAACAUAAGUAUGGCUGAAAAUUGUGCAUUCUCAAGAGAUUCAUCGAGAGUCAAUCAGAUCCCUUUAAAAUCUGAAGGGUUAGCCUCAUUUCAUGACUACGACCAUAUGAAAAUAACAAAUGAUUCCAGCCUUGGACAAAUUUUGCAGAACAUAAACCUUCAGCUAGAGGGUUCUAAGUUUGAUAAUCUUGCAAAAAUAAAAUCUAAAACUAGAAGAAAAUUCAGAGUAAUCAAACCCAAGCAUAAGGCCAGGAAGGAUGACUCUAGCUCAUCAAAAGUUCUUCAGAAGCUCAAAAUUAUUAAGCUGAAGAAAAGAUUUCAGCAGUCUUUCAAGGAUUCCUCAGUGUUAUUGCCAAAUGUGCAAAGCUUGUUGAUGCCUACUUCAAAUGCUCAAAGAGAUAACAAUAGAGAUCUUUCUACUAACUCAAGUCUAGCCAAAGAGAUGAGCGAUGUAUCCAGCAUUCAGAGUGAGGAAUCAAAGAGAAAUACAAGGCGUUCACUUAAUGAUUGACCACUAGAUGUUAAUAAGAAGGUCCUUAGAAUGAAAUCAUCUUUUUCGAACAAAUUUAUCUAACAAUUAUGAUUCCAGAAAACCUAAGAGUUCUCCAAAGCACAUAG